AUGCCACCUGAUUUGGAUAUAUGGGUAGAGUCGGUUGGAAAGAAGAAAGGGAAUAGGGUAUUUGGUCUUGGAACCGCAUCUAAGACUUUGGUUUCUGUAUCAAAGAAACCCUCAAGUCUUUCAAGUGACUCUCAAGAGGUUGAUGUUUUGAGAAGUCAAGUCCAUGCCUUAAAUGCAUCGUUGCAAAGACAAGGACAAGAGAAGAUGGUGAUGAGGCAACAAUUGCAUCGACAGGAAGAAAAGAUGGCCGAAGCGAAUAAUAAAAUUUCAUUUUUAAUGAAUCAUUUAGGAUAUGUUGGGUCUUCUUCUCAUCCACCACAACCCAUUAAUGAAAGUGAUCACAUCAUCCACCACAACCCAUUAAUGAAAGUGAUCACACAAAUGAAGAUGUCGUCGAUGAAACAGAUGAAGAAGACCUUAGUAAUGAAUUUUGAUUUUGUGCUAGAAAUGGAGAGAUAUUUUAAAAGGAAAUUUACAUCAGAGUCUCAAGAAAAUGUUGAAAGUAGAAAGUUAUCAACACCUUUAAGGUCAAUUAUUGGUGGGGAAAAGAGAUUUUUAAAAGUUGAUUUGAACAAUCUUCCAGCUGAUCUAGGAGAGAGGAAACAAAUUUCAUGUUAUCAUCCAAAUGACCGAGAUAACAUUCGAAGAGCUUAUUUGCAAAAAGGACCUUGUCAGCCUAGAGAUCAUGAUUUUCCAAAAAGAAAAAUUGGACCUCUUUUUAGGAAGUUUAAUCCUGAUUGGUUUUUAGAAUUUGGAAAUUGGUUAGAAUAUAGUGUCUCAAAAGAUGCUGUAUUUUGUUUAUGUUGUUAUCUCAUGAGAUCUGAUAUUGGAGAACAAAAAAGUAGUGAUGCUUUUCCGAUUGACGGUUUUUCAAAUUGGAAGAAAAAGGAAAGGUUGGAUAUACAUGUUGGAAAUUUUAACAGUGCUCACAAUCAAGCUUGGAGAAGUUGUGAGGCCUUAAUGAAUCAAAAACAACAUAUUGAAGUUGCUAUCAUGCGUGGACAAGGUUACGAUGGGGCUAGUAAUAUGCAAGGUGAAUUUAAUGGACUGAAAAGUUUGAUCUUGAAAGAAAAUAGUUCUGCAUUCUAUGUUCAUUGUUUUGCUCACCAACUUCAAUUAGCACUUGUUGCUGUUGCCAAGAAGCAAGUUGAUGUUGGUUGUUUUUUUAGUUUGGUUAACAAUGUAUUCAACAUUGUUGGAGGUUCAUGUAAACGUCAAGAGAUUCUUAGAGAAAGUCAAAUGCUUAAAGUUCAAGAAGCUUUAUUGAAACGUGCUGGAGAUACAAGAUGGGGCUCACAUUAUGGUACAUUACUUAGCUUGAUCUCUUUGUUUACUUCAGUAAUUGAUGUCCUCGAAUUUGUUGAGGAAAAUGGCUCAUCAUCAGAUCAACAAAUUGAAGCUUGUCAUUUAUUGAAAACAUUGCAAAGAAGUGAUCAAGAUAUUGUAAAUGCUAUAUCAUUAGUUAGAGUUUGCAAAGGCAGGUUACAAGGUAUGAGAGAUAAUGGUUGCAUUCCAAAUAUGGAUGAUGCACUCAUUACACAAGGAAGAUCGAAGCGUAAAGCUCAAAAAAUUUCAAAUCUACAUCGUUUUCAAGUUGAGUUAUUUUAUGAAGUGAUUGAUAGACAACUUCAAGAGCUUAACAAUAGAUUUAACGAGGUGAACACUGAGUUGCUUCUUUGUGUAGCAAGCUUAAAUCCAAGAGAUUCAUUUUUUGCAUUUGAUAAGGAGAAGUUGAUUCAUUUGGCUAAGUUUUAUCCAUCAGAAUUUUCUCAUGUGGAGCUUAUUGUGCUUGAUAGUCAGCUUGAGACUUUUAUCAUAGAUCUUCGGUCUGAUGAUAAAUUUUCAAAGUUAAAUGGAAUCACUGAACUUUCUGAAAUGUUGGUGAAAACUAAAAAGCAUAUUGUGUAUCCAAUGAUAUUCUUACUUGUGAGGUUAGCUUUGAUUUUACCUGUGGCAACUGCAACUGUUGAAAGAUCUUUCUCUGCCAUGAAUUUUGUGAAGAAUGGUUUACGCAAUCGCAUGGGAGAUGAGUGGUUGAAUGAUUGUUUAGUUACAUAUAUAGAGAGUGACAUAUUUGAUGAAGUGGACAAUGAAAAAAUCAUUGAACAUUUUCAAAAUAUGAAAACUCGUAGAGGACAAUUGUAA